CUUUUCCAUCACUAGACACAGAAUUGCACGUACGAAAUCCGUUUCAAAACAAGCCAGAGAAAUUGUCGUUAAUUUGUUAGUGGAAUAAACACUGAAUCUCCAACAUGGGUCUCAAAGGUUGUGAAGUGGAAUUGGACAAUCCCUGGAACACGUACUAUGCCGGACAGACGGUAAAUGGCCAGGCUAAGUUCACAUUCGAUUCGCCCAAGAAGGUUCGAGGCAUCAUAAUACGAUUCUUGGGCGAGGCCAAUACGGAAUGGAAUGAGGAGCGUAAUGUGACCACCAGCGAGGGCAAGACCGAGAACGAAAUCACAACACUGAAGGGACAUGAGGAGUACUUCAAAAUCCAAUACUAUCUGCUGGGCGGCAAGAACAGCGCUGAGACGGAACUGCCGCCGGGUACCCACACCUAUCCCUUCACUUGCGCCUUGCCACCCACUUUGCCCUCGUCGUUCGAGGGCGAAUUCGGACAUGUGCGCUAUACCAUCAAGGUGACGCUGGACAGGCCAUGGAAAUUCGAUCAGGAUAUGAAAAUGGCCUUUACGGUCAUUGCGCCCGUGGACUUGAAUCUCAAUCCACGUGUCAAGGAUCCCUUUAAGCUGGAGCUGGAGAAGUCCUUCUGCUGCUUCUGCUGUGCCUCGGGUCCGUUGGCCGUGAUCACGAGCGUACCGCAAACUGGUUACGUUUCGGGUCAGAUCUUGCCCAUUACCUGCGAGGUGGACAACACCAGCAAUGUGAAUCUCAGUGCCGUGAAGUUCGAGCUGCGCAAGCUGGUCACCUUCCAUACCAGCCAGCCGCGCAGCGAGAAACGCGAAUCGAAGGUCAUAAUUUCCAAUCUCAGCAUUGGCCCAGUGAAUGGCGGCGAGUCGCGCACGUUUACGCAGCAGCUGGAGAUACCCGCACUGCCGCCAACCAAUCUAUCCAAUUGUGGGGUCAUUGCCUUGGACUAUGACCUGCAUGUGACCUGUGAAGUGAGCGGUGCGCAUAGAAAUCUUACGGGCAAAAUUCCCAUCACUUUGGGGACCAUUCCGCUGGCUGGCAUGAGGCCGCCCGUUCAAUAUACAGAUGUUCCGGCUAUCCAAUCGGAAGAUCCCUCGCUGGCGCCCACACAGCCGGUGAGUCCGGCCAGUCCGCCGGGUCCCAUGGGUGGGGCCCAGGGCUGGAACGUGGCCGACAGCACUGCCGGCGGUGGCAAUCUUUAUCCCAAUAUACCGCCACCGCAGUUUGUGGAGACCCAGUAUCGGGCGCCCACCAUUGCCGGACGCGAUGACUCGGAACACACACAGAUGAGCGGGCAGGGGGGCUUUGCGCCCCGCUAUCCAACGUUUCAGUUCAACAAUGCCACAGCGCCGCCAGCGAAUCAGUAAAAAUGAAUCUCGGACCCCAGAAUCUCGCGAGGAAUGAUUCAAGCGUGCUCUCGACCUUUGAUUUACUUUCGUCAUUUUGUUUGUUCGGCUUGCAUUUAUUUGAUAAUAGCUUUCCGUCCAAAGCGAAAGCAGCCCCCCCAUAUAUUGUACACGUUAUAAAAACGCACAAAAUUCUGUCAAUUUCGCUGCUCAAAAAUGCAGUUUUACUCGCAGCAAAUAGUGCCUAAAAUUAAAGCUAAAGUAAAACUCCUACGACGAUUCUCGUAAUAAAACGCAUAUAUUAUUUAUCUGA